UUACCUCACAGCCAGAAAGGCUUCUUGUGCGUUUUUAAAGAAAGUGAGGGCUGCACCAACCUUGAGUAAUUCUAAACCUGCGCUCAUUAUGAGGAGGAUUCUAUACACAAUGGUCCCCAUGAAUGGACUAUUUGCAGGCUUUGUUGAGGGGAAUCAAGACUGCAGUUCUUGUUACCAGCUGGACACUGGAGUGAUUAUUGGGAUCAUCACUUGUGACAUCAUCCUCACGCUCCUCAUCGCUCUCUCGGUCUACUGUUUUGUUUCCCGCCAGAAAAGGAGAGAGAGUUUACAUUUGCAGCCCAGAUGCUGUGGGUCAGGCAAAGCAAAAACUCACCAGCCCUCAAUGAGGUCAAAGACAAUUGAAGUGGAAUCACCUUAUCAGGAACUUUAUGGAGUCCAAUCAGAUAUAUACAGUGAUCUUCAGCAGUAUCGUAAAUGAGGUGACCAUGUGUCAUUUAACGUUAACAAUAGGUUGUGUACACACCCAAGAAUAUUUGGAGAUUGCAUUCAUUAAGUUUUCAAACUGUAUCAUACAAUUGUGGAUUUAUCCUAAAUAAGCUAUAGUAACUGAUUAAUGCAAAUCAUUUUCCUUGAAUCCUCUUGAUUGGUUGUGGCGUACAUACAAAACAUGAAUAUAAAUAAAUAAAUAAAUAUAUUUUUUCAUGGUUCAUGGAAAUGAAAUUAUCUUAAAGAGUUUGUAUUCCACGUUUUUUAAUAUAGCUGUCACAGUUGUUUUCAUUUUUAUGUCAUGUUUUUAUUUAUUCAUAAUAUAUCUUUGUUAAGAAACUAUAUCCGAAUAUAAUUCCCUUGCUCUUCAUGUAGAAAUAAAUGUUUUAUUUUGA